GGCUGGACCUACCUAAAGACUACCUCGCCUGAUCAAGCACCGAUUCUGACCACUUGACCUAUCCGCACAGGUCUCUGAAUUCAGGUCGAGUCGGGGAAUCGCGUGGCUGCAACAAUCAAUGUCUCACAAUUGCUGCCAUCGCACGCCAAAUUCUGCCAUUGCUCUCUCGCUCGCUCGCGCGCCGCCAAGGUAACUCACUGCACACUCUGAGGGGGCCACCGAAUCAGUGGGCACCUUACGCAGUACCUCGGCACGGCUCCGAUCCCCAAUGAGUCCGUCCGACAACAGCGCUACCUCUGGUGGCGCGAGGCCAUCCGAGAAGGCCACACCACCGGCGAUUGUCGAGCCGACGAAAGAGAACGGGGCCGUCGACGCCGGAUUGAAGAGCCUGCAUCAUUACAGGCGAGCGCUUCCAAAAUGGCGGUACAACCUGCGACAGCGGCUCCUGCCGAUCAUUCGAUGGGAGACGCCGUACCUUGCUGCCCUCCAAAGCUCGAUGCGCACGCCCGCCCUUGAUAGCUACUUUGCGAUUACGGCCAAUCUCGGGACACACACAUUCUUCAUGAUCGGGCUGCCCGUCCUCUUUUGGUGUGGCUUUCCGGAGUUCGGCAAGGGACUGGUCCAUAUUCUCGCAACCGGCGUCUUCUUCACCGGAUUCCUCAAAGAUCUAUGCUCGCUUCCGCGCCCGCUCUCCCCGCCACUCCAACGCAUCACCAUGUCCGGCUCGGCCGCCCUCGAAUACGGGUUCCCCUCCACCCACUCGGCGAACGCCGUGUCGGUCGCCGUCUACGGCAUCCUUAUGCUGCACCGCGAUACUAAUUCCUUCUCCGCCUCCACUACCCUCGCGCUUGAGAUCCUCGCCUACUUCUACGCCUUUUCUAUCGUCAUCGGUCGCCUGUACUGCGGCAUGCACGGCUUUCUGGACGUCAUCGUCGGCUCCCUGAUGGGCGCCGCCAUCUCCCUCAUCGAGUUCUACUUUGCCGCCCGCGUCGAAGCUUGGCUAUACUCGAGCUCUUACAUUGCGCCCUUGACGAUCGCUCUCAUCAUCAUUGUCCUGGUCCGGAUCCAUCCAGAACCCGCCGACGACUGCCCCUGCUUCGACGACAGCGUGGCCUUCGCGGGCGUCAUGAUCGGCCUGGAAGUGGGCACCUGGCGGUUUGCGCGUUACUCGCCCUUUGCGGCCGUCUACAACGGGCCGGACGCCACCUUCAACCUGUCGGCGCUCGGCUGGAAGCGCGCCAUCGCCCGUCUCAUUUUCGGCGUCGCCGUCAUCUUUGCCUGGCGCGAGGUCAUGAAGCCCACCCUGCUGCGCUUCCUGCCGCACCUCUACCGCGUCAUCGAGACGCACGGCUUAUCGCUGCCCAGGCGCUUCUUCGUCCCGGCUUCGGAGUACAAGGACGUGCCCCUCCAUCUCCGGGACGAUAACGUCCUGCCGAACGUGAGCGACCUGCCGAAGCUGGUGCGCAGUUUCCGCGGGCCGGGCAGGGGACGGUCCGUCAGUGUCGGCCCGCAGAGCGCCGCAGAUGCCUACGAGACGCUGGCGUACCGGGAACGCAGGAGGAGGGAGAGCCUGGAGAGCGACGGCGGCGGCCGGGGACUUCGUGGGAAGCUGAGUUCGCGGAGCUUGCGGGAGAAGGCGACGGCCGAUGGGGAGUGCUCGCAGGUCUCGGGUGUGCAGAGCGGGGGGAGGCUGGCCGAAUUCGAAAAGCAGAUGGGGACGGGGACUGUAGCGGCCAGCCCGACGUCUGAGGGCUCGGCGGAGGCGGUAAGCGGGGCGGAUCCGUGCCUCAGCCAGGAGGAUGAGCUGGACGAGAGGGAGGUGUUCUCCAAGCUGGUCAAGCCGCGGGUGAGGUACGACGUGGAGGUGGUGACGAAACUGGUCGUCUACGCUGGCAUUGCAUGGUUAGCCGUGGACGGCAUCCUAAUUGCCUUUGAGGCUCUUGGCCUGGGCGCCGAGCCUCCGAGUACGCGAUGAUACGUAAUGUCUGCGAUGUCUUUGUGCUAGCCUAUGAUAUACUACUACUAUAUUGUUCUCUUCUUGUACCUUGGUGCUGGGCUGCCGCCUUGUUACCUUGCUAUUCAACAGAGCUCUUUUUUCCGUGUCU